GGAGCCUAGUGCAACUAAACGAAGAAUGUAAUCUGCAUGUGCAUCUGAGCGACUUGAACAUGCCGACGAAUCAGGAACGGUUGGGUCGGAAGCGCCCGGUACCGUCAUGCCCGAACCCUCUAUUUCUGCAGUGGUUAACGGAGUUACGGGACCACGCUAAGGAGAAGGGCUUGAAAACACAGUACGUGUAUCAAAAGGCAAUAAACUCUUUGAAGAAAUACCCUCUCCCGCUGAAAAACGGAAAAGAGGCGAAAAUCCUGCAGAAUUUUGGAGACGGGAUUUGCAAAAUUUUGGACGAGAGGCUUCAGAAGCAUUACCUUGAAAACGGUUCUGAUGUUCCAAUCCACUUGGGUACAUCUUGCCAAAGGACCAACAUGUCUUCCUCCAAAAGUAUGGAAGAACCUCACAAAGAACCUUCGGGAAAUGGUGGUAAACAUAUGAAACAAACACAAAAAGAUGUAAGAAAGGAAAAAGGAAAUAAGAAAAAGAGAGAAUAUGUGCCCCAGAAAAGGUCUGGAGGUUAUGCCAUACUGGUAACAUUGUAUAGAUAUGCACAGAUGCCUGGUAGUAAAGGCUUCAUGUUUAGGAAUGAACUACAGACUGAGGCACAACCCAUGUGUGACAAGUCCUUCACAGUGCCUGAUCUUGGAAGCAAGUACACCGCCUGGUCCUCGAUGAGCACACUUAUUCAGAAAGACCUUCUGGUGAAGACUCACAGUCCUGCCAGGUAUGCAUUGACUGAACAGGGUCAGGCUUUAGCCGAGAAGCUGGAUUCAGAAGAGAGAGGGGAUGAUCAAAAACAUGCAGAAGAGAAGAGUGAAGAGGAAAGCUCCGGGCAUGGACCAAGGGUUGUGGACCUGACUUUGGAAGAGGAUGAGGAAGGAGAGAAAGAGAUUUGCUCAAGCAAAUCUUCAGAAAGCAUUUCCACGGCUCUCAAUGUGAACCAGGCCAAGAAUCUUGACCCUGUGUCAGAUGCUACAGGAAAAUCCCAGGCUUUAGAGACUGGGAAAACAGCAAUGGGUUGCCAUCUUCUUCCUGGCUCUUAUGACAUUGUGUUAUGCGUUGAUAUCAUCGAGACAACCGGGGGAAGUAGUGGUUGCAAACAAGAAUUGGUCAAGGAACUUCAAAGGAAUGGUGUGACUUUUGACAUCAGGAAACUGAAUGUAGGGGACUUCCUUUGGGUGGCACGUGAGAAAGUGGCACCUGUGCCAGGACAGUUGCGUCCUCCGGUAGGAAAAGAGCUAGUGCUUGAUUACAUCAUUGAGAGAAAAAGGAUGGAUGACCUGUGUGGAAGCAUCAUAGAUGGACGCUUCAGGGAGCAGAAGUUUCGAUUGAAGAGGUGUGGUCUGCAUAAACCCAUUUAUCUAGUGGAGGAGUGUGGAUCAGCAGCAGCUCAUCUCAGUUUACCUGAGAGUACAUUGCAGCAAGCUAUAGUCAAUACACAGGUGGUGGAUGGUUUCUUUGUUAAGCGUGUACAAGAUGUGAAAGAGUCUGUUGCUUACCUCACCAUCAUGACUAGAUACCUCCAGAAACUUUACCAGAAUUGCACGUUAUUCUGUCACUCCAGAGAACUGGAAAGGGAUGGAGAGAAUGAGAGGGAGCAAACGGAGAUCCUCUCCUGUUCUCUCAUGUCCUUCACAGAGUUUAACUAUGGGGCUAUCAAAAACAAGUGCCAAACAGUGCGGGAAGUAUUUGCGAGACAGCUUAUGCAGAUCAGUGGAAUCUCUGGUGAUAAAGCGGCUGCUGUACUUGAACACUACAGCACAGUCAGCAGUUUAUUGAAAGCAUAUGAUCAGUGCUCUUCUGAAACCGAAAAAGAGAAGCUACUGUCAUCUAUCAAAUAUGGAAAACUCAAAAGGAAUCUUGGACCAGCUUUGAGCCGCACUGUAUAUCAGCUUUAUUGUACACGUGGACCUCUGAUGUAGGUUUUCAAUGAGGAUCCUUGUUUUGUUUUUUUUUAAAUCACAGUUUGUAUUUCAAUUCCAUUGCAUUUUUUUUUUCUAUAUUUAUUUUUCUUCUCAAAUGAUAUGUAAAGUAAUACAAUUUUGAAUUUAAUUAAAAGAAAAAUAUUCUUGAAUGGUAUAUCUGAUGUAACUUUUUUCUUCCUGUCUGUAGUUUUCUUUUUUCUCUCACUCUUGUCUGCAUAAUUCCUAUUUGUGCUGUUCGAUUCUCUGUCCUUCAAACCAUGAAUUGCAAAUUUG